AUGACGCGACCUCCACAAAGACCCAUCAAGCGACUUCUCAUCGCGAAUAGGGGAGAGAUAGCAGCACGAAUUAUCUCUUCAGCGCGAGAACUCGACAUUGAGACGUUCGCAAUCUACGUAUCAGGCGACGACUCGCAUGCCGUCCGAGCAAGCCAUGCGAUCAAGCUAUCAUCAGCUUCAUCCUUCAUGAGUAUUGAUGAUCUUGUCGGCAUCAUCAAAAAGCACCAAAUCGAUGCUGUACAUCCAGGAUAUGGCUUUCUGUCAGAGUCCGAAGACUUCUCAAAGAGAGUCUGGGAAGAAACUGGCGCCGUAGUUGUCGGUCCUGGAUGGGGUAUCUUGGGAAAUACUGGAGAUAAGCUAAAAGCGAGAGAGCUUGCUCAACAAUACGUCCAACGCUUCGCAUCGGAAGUCGGCUUCCCAAUCAUGGUCAAAGCAGUAGACGGAGGCGGCGGCCGCGGAAUACGUCUCAUUCGCAGCCAAGACCAGCUUGCUUCUUUAGUGAAAAGAGCAGUCGAAGAAAGCCCAUCCAAGCAAGUCUUUGCAGAGAAGGCUGCAGUCGAUGGCUUCCGGCAUGUCGAAGUACAGACCAUCGGGGACGGUACCGGAAACGUAACGCAUCUCUGGGAACGCGAAUGCAGCAUUCAGAGAAGAUAUCAGAAGAUUGUUGAGCUUGCGCCCAGCGUUGUGCCUGACCGGAAGCUGAUCGCGAAGGUCAUCGAAAAUGCUUUGAAAAUGGCGAAACAUAUACAAUAUUUCUCUCUCGGCACCUUUGAGUUUCUCGUGAAUCCAUCAACGAAAGAGUACUACUUUUUGGAGGUCAACCCUCGCUUACAAGUCGAGCACACGAUCACGGAGUCCAUCUCUAUGACUGAUAUCGUCAAGGCACAGCUACUACUCUCCCAGGGUGCAUCUCUGAAUGACUGCGGUCUACCAACAGCGGAACGAGAUCCGGAAAUGCCUCCUCCAGCGCAUUCAGUUCAACUACGUAUUACAGCGGAGAAUGUUCAGACUGAUUGGUCAUUAUCGAUUGGCAAGAUCACCUCUUCUCAGUUCCCUUCCGGAAACGGCAUUCGGGUUGACACGCAUCUCACCAGCGGUCGACCCGCCGUAGUAUCUGCAGAUUUCGACAGUCUGAUCGCAAAGGUCGUUGUAACGGCGUCAUCGUGGAAGGACACCGUUCGAAAAGCACAACGAGCGUUGGAUGAUACGCAGAUCGCAGGAGUAAAGACAAACCUCGACAUGUUGAAAGCCAUCGUCGCUCACCCAGACUUUCUAAACGGACAAUGCGACACGCAAUGGCUAGAAAGCAAACAAACCGAGCUGCUCCAAUCAAGCCAAGACAUCGCUUCAUUGCGUUCAGAAACGUUGAACUCAGACAUCGCGCCAUCCUCCUCAACAGCUUCAGUCUCAACAGCCAACACCCUCUUCCGAAAAGGUGACGCUUGGUCCGUUUCGAUCUCUACUCCAACCACAAAAGCGAACGAGAAACCACCACCCCACCACCUCGAACUAACCCGCGUCCUGCGCAACGACUUCCCCACGUCCCUCAGCGCAGAACUCUCCUUCACUACGCCCUCAACAGCUUCGUCUACCAUGCCCCAAACAACACCCUACACCAUAACCCUUUCUUCAACGUCCGCCAGCGCAUCAGCCGCAACGUCACAUCAUAGACGAGGGAACCCGAGUGAUCCUUCACACAUCAGUAUCCCAUUCCCGGGAAAACUGGUAGAAGUGUUAGUUGACGAGGGCGAUGUGGUGAAAGAAGGAGACGUGGUUUGCGUGGUGCAGCAGAUGAAAAUGGAGCUAGAAGUACGCAGUCCACGGAGUGGGCGUGUAACGUGGGUUACCGAAGCGGAGGAUGGGGAGGACGUGGCUGAGGGAGUGUUGGCUGCUAUUGUGGAAAGCUCUCAGGAAACUCGUCUUUGA